ACACGAAGUCUCGGCGGCGAGGUCGUGGAGGUAGGAGCGCCCACAGUUUGUUUUUAAACGGGUGGAACCUGGAGACGCGGGGUGCGAGGGCACCUUGUCGGAAGCCUGCAAGCCUUGCAGGCGACAUUAUUGUUCUCUGCUGCCUGUGAUUCUUGGACAGAAGAAUCGUACAGCAGGUGUCAUGGAGUCCCCUCACGCACCAGUCACACGAAUGAGCCAAGCUGCCAAACGGAGGAAACUCAGAAUACUCAGCAUUAAGCCAGUCCUGGACGAGAGGCCAGUCGUACACGAGCACCUGCGCAGGUCGUCUGUGGUGUACGCCAAGAACUCACCCCGGGUGGCGAAGACGGAGCUAGCGAGGAACAUUGGGAAGCUGCGACUAAAGGAUUGGGUUCGCUACGGAUGGAGUCUUCCACCCGUACACGGGUCGUCUGGCAGACGCGAGCGCCACCUGCAGACGUCAUCGCAACGUCCGCGAACAGUUGUGGCCUCGUCUCUAGAAGCCAGGGAGAGCGCUGAGUUCGAGUCCACCAAUGGGGGAGAGACAACUCGGUCAUUGCCUCCCCUGCGACGAACCCCUCUGGGCCAACCAAUGCUGCGACGGCCCACGGUCUGCUGGCCCGAGUCUGGGAGGGAGGUAACUCACGGAGACGACUUGCUGCACAUGCUGGGCAACUACUUGGACCUCAAGCCCAUCACAGAAGGAGACCAGCUUCCUGGCGGCUCUGACGAAUUCUACUCCACACACUACCCGUUGCUGCUGGAAAAGAAGUUUGACGACGAGCAGCUGGAAAAAGUGGUCAACCACCGGCAGCUUGUUGGCCGCGUGUCCAGCCAGGAGAAGCGGCGAGCAGAAGUGGCCAGUCGUUGUCGUCUGCUAGAGGUCGCGCUCACCCAGCUGGAACGAGGAACCGGUGACCCGGGUGACAGUGACGUACUAGAGCCGGUAUUCGUCACGGAGUUACGUCACGAGACCUUCGACCCCAGACGUUGGCCUUGGAACACUGACCGUUAUUCCAGGGGAGUGAACUCCGAUGAUCCGAGGCUGUGAACGGUCGUCGAUCAUCACAUCUUGUGAAUAUUUCACACAAACGUUUAUUCACUGCAAGUCACUUCACAGUACGUGAACUGUUUACUCUUCCAGUUGGCGAUGGUGGCUCCCCCUCUUCAUGUGUCGAGUGCAGUGAGUUACCCGUAUGUUCAUUCCUCCAGUGUGUCUACAGCGGGUACAGGAAUUCUUGGAAACUCUGGUGCCGAUCGCUGGAUAGUGGAAUGUGUUAUUUCUAAUCAGAAAAAGAUGUUUACCUUUUGUGAUGAUUCAAGCACAGGCAGUCGAGAUUAAGUCUGUGUCAAAAUAUUUAACUUUUGUUGUUAAAGUGAAAAAUUGGAGCAAA